UUCUUGUUUAAUCUUUUUUAUUUCCUUAGGUGAUGACGCGCUUCCAAAUGGGCUAGAUGUCACCUUUGAAGUGACCGAGUUAAGGAGGCUGACAGGCAGUUACAACACCAUGGUCGGAAAUAAUGAAGGCAGCAUGGUCCUUGGCCUCAAACUCCCCAAUUUGCUAGGACGUGCAGAAAAAGUGACUUUUCAGUUUUCCUAUGGAACAAAAGAAACGUCCUACGGCCUGUCCUUCUUCAAACCACAGCCUGGGAACUUCGAGAGAAAUUUCUCUGUAAACUUGUACAAAGUCACCGGACAGUUCCCGUGGAGCUCGCUUCGGGAGACAGACCGAGGAGUGUCAGCCGAGUACAGUUUCCCCAUAUGGAGGACCAGCCACAGCGUCAAGUGGGAGGGCGUGUGGCGGGAGCUGGGCUGCCUCUCCAGGACCGCGUCCUUCGCAGUGAGGAAAGAAAGCGGACACUCCCUGAAGUCGUCCCUCUCGCACACCAUGGUCAUUGAUUCUCGGAAUUCUUCCAUCUUGCCUAGAAGAGGGGCCCUGCUGAAGGUGAACCAGGAGCUGGCAGGCUACACCGGUGGGGAUGUGAGCUUCCUAAAGGAGGAGUUUGAGCUGCAGUUGAACAAGCAGCUCGUGUUGGACUCAGUAGUCUGCGCGUCUCUGUGGGGUGGAAUGUUGGUACCCAUCGGGGACAAGCCAUCCAGCAUCGCUGACAGGUUUUACCUCGGAGGACCCACGAGUGUCCGAGGAUUCAGCAUGCACAGCAUCGGCCCCCAGAGCGAAGGGGACUACCUGGGUGGCGAGGCGUACUGGGCCGGUGGCCUGCACCUGUACACCCCACUGCCCUUCCGGCCAGGCCAGGGCGGCUUCGGAGAGCUAUUCCGAACCCACUUCUUCCUCAAUGCAGGAAACCUCUGCAACCUCAACUACGGGGAAGGCCCCAGAGCCCACAUCCGAAAGCUGGCUGAGUGCAUCCGCUGGUCCUAUGGCGCAGGCAUUGUGCUCAGGCUGGGCAAUAUCGCAAGGCUGGAGCUGAACUACUGCAUCCCCAUGGGCGUGCAGCGGGGCGACAGGAUAUGCGAUGGUGUCCAGUUUGGAGCUGGGAUAAGGUUCCUGUAGCUGCACUCCUCCAGGGCCACCCACCCUCCUGGAGUUCUCACAGCCCUGCGAAUGUGUCAAUAAAUAGUAAAGAUGAACACUCA